AUGUGGAGUACAGGGUAUGUUGGACUUGACGACACCGCGGUCCCUGAGCCCAGCCCUGAACCUGCGAGAAGUAGCCCACCAUCGCAGUCUGACCUGACUAAGUCACCAAACAAACUGAAUAGUGACUCCCAAGCAGACGGCAGUCUACUCACGCAGGGGCUUCAGCUGCAGGACAACAACAAGCAAAACCCCACCGACGAAGAAGCAACAACGCUUCCACUUUUGGAUGAGCACUACAUCAGCACAGUCGACGACGCUAUGAUGCUUCGGCGAAUCGACAACCCAUCUCCCACCGCUGCCGCUGUAGCCGCCAAGGUCGACCUAUCUCGUUGA